GAAAACGGAUCCACUUAAUGAGAAUUACUGGUAAAACGAUUUCCCCGCACUACAAUCUGUACGUAAUAAUAAUCGCUAUAAGAUUUAAGGAAUAUGCGUUGUGCGGCGCGUAUUAAUAUUCGGAUUUUUCCAAUGAACGGUAGCUGUUCUACAAUAAUACAAAAUUUAGCAUAUAAUGACAUGUUAUAAAUAUAAAUUAUAGAAUGAAGCUGCAGUGACAGUGAAAUUAACGUAACAAAUUUUUAUGCAUGUUUAAUGAGUGACAUAUAUCAAAUGUAUUCUGAUUUGAUGAAAUUGAGAUUCAAGUUUUUUUUUUUAAUAAAUAAACAUUAGUGAAAUAGGUGUAUAAAAGUAGUAUAUAAAAGUGUAGUGCAGAUUGGAAAAGAAAUAUUUACAUGGUGUCAUAGGAUGACUGACCCGAAAAUCGAAAUGCAUUAUACACCACCAAGUUCGGAUACUAUUCAAACAAAACCUUUUCCUAUUCGUGGUGAACGAGCUAAUUUUGUAAAUAAGCCACAUGUAAUUGCUAUGGUAGGAUUACCUGCCCGUGGCAAGACAUAUAUUUCAAAAAAAUUAUGCAGAUAUCUCAAUUGGAUCGGUAUAAGUACAAAAGUGUUCAAUUUAGGAGAAUAUAGACGACAUGCAACUACCGCUUAUCAAUGCCAUGAAUUUUUCCGUCCUGAUAAUAUUAAGGCAAUGGCAAUACGUACUCAAUGUGCAAUGGAUGCCCUUAAAGAUGUUUGUCAAUGGUUGGAAAGCGGAGAUGGAGAAGUGGCUGUAUUUGAUGCCACCAAUUCUACUAUCGAAAGACGACAACUUAUUAGAAACAUUGUAGUUGAGAAAAUGGGAUUUAAACUUUUUUUUGUUGAAUCUGUCUGUAAUGAUCCUGAAAUCGUUGAGCAAAAUAUCAUGGAAGUAAAAGUAAGUAGUCCAGAUUAUGCAAAUAUGAAUAAAGAAGAAGUAUUGGCAGACUUCAUGUUACGAAUUGAACAUUAUCAAGAAAAAUAUCAACCAUUGGAUGAAGCUCAAGAAAGCGACCUUUCUUUUAUGAAAAUUUACAACACUGGCGAAAAAGUGCUAGUCCAUAAACAUGAAGGUCACAUACAAAGUAGGAUAGUUUAUUAUCUUAUGAACAUCCAUAUAGUGCCACGUACGAUCUAUUUAACUAGGCACGGUGAAAGUGUGAUGAACCUUGAAAGUAAAAUAGGUGGAGAUUCAGUGUUAAGUGAAAGAGGCUGGGAAUAUGCCAAAGCAUUGUCUAAUUAUAUUACUAGCCAAGAUAUUCAGGGAUUGCGAGUAUGGACUAGCUGGCUGAAAAGAACUAUUCAAACAGCAAGCGAUGUGAAUGCACCUCAAGAAAGGUGGAAGGCGCUAAACGAGAUUGAUGCAGGUAUUUGCGAAGAAAUGACAUAUGAAGAAAUUGCAGAAAAGUAUCCAACAGAUUUUGCUGCAAGAGAUCAAAAUAAAUUCUCUUAUCGUUAUCCAAGAGGAGAAAGUUAUGAAGAUUUGGUCGCACGAUUAGAACCGGUAAUAAUGGAACUAGAACGGCAAGGUAACGUUCUAGUUGUUAGCCAUCAAGCGGUUUUACGAUGUCUACUUGCUUAUUUCCUAGACAAAAAUGCGGAUGAAUUACCGUAUUUACAAGUUCCAUUACAUACUAUUAUUAAAUUAACACCUGUUGCUUAUGGUUGUAAAGUGGAACAUAUUCGAUUACCAAUUGAUGCAGUGGACACACAUCGACCAAAACCAAAGAUCCCAGGAUAUCUUGAAGAACGAUUCCGAAGAAAAGAAAAAUUGCUUCGCACGUGAUAACAACAACAUUGUAGCAUGACAGAGCUAAUUUUAAUCAUCGUUACAAGAUGCUGAAGACAGCAUUCUUUCGGCAGCUGGCUGCCUUUGCACGAUGCAACGAGCAUCCAAUUUAGCUUUCUACACUUUAAAAAGUUUUAGACGAAGUAUAUCUGACAGCAAGCGAUGUUGUUUCUAUACGAGUUAUUAUUUGAUUAAAGGUUUCUUUUUUGUUCAAUUUUUUAACAGUAUAAUGUUACAGUAUAUUAAAUUUUGAUUUUUAAAUUUUCAAAAAUAUGUUUGAAAAGAUAGAUAUUUUAUUAAAUAAAAUCAUUAAAAGAACUCUGUAAAAAUUAAAAUGAAUAUAUAACCACUUAUGUAAAUUAAUUUCAAUUCAGAGUUUUAUUAUUAUACAAAAUUUCAAAAAAUCUUGAGAAUUAUAUUUAAAAUUAUUUGUUUCUAGUGUUUGAUUUACUAUAUAUUUUGUGUUGUUUAUUAAUCAUUAAUAAAAAAAAGAAAGUCGAUUCCCAUAUAUAUAAUUUCUAAAGAAUAUAUAAUAGUGGUUAUACAUAUAGUGAUGUUAUGUAUCUUAUGAAAAUAUUUUAUUGUUAUCAUGUUUCGGCGAUUAUCGAACUACAUAUAAUAUGAUCAAAAAUAGUUGAAUCAUUAAAUCAUUAAAUAUAUAGAAACUAUUGUGAAAUGAAAAUUAUAUUAUAUUUCAAAAAAAGUUAAUCGCCUUACGUGAUAAUCUAAUUACUGAUAUAAGAAUAUAGAUUCCGAAAUAAUUUUGUCGAGAUUCUGCUGUGUGAAAGAUUGAAAACUUUUUGAAGUAUAAUUUAUUUUAAGAAAAGUGUACAUAUUUUUUUAAUGCCCUUCAUGACAAGAAAAUACAUGUAUUUGAAAUCAA